AUGAAGCUUUUUGGAUCUGCUCUCCUAGCCGUCACCCUCGCUGCCCGAGAAAAAGAUGCUGCCAGGCGAUUGAACAAAAUCAAGGGCCACACCGCCACCCUCAUCGACCUCAUGGACAACAACACCACCGCUUCCGACAAGAACGUCGGCCGAGUCCAGGCCUGGACCGACAAGCUCUUCAGCCAGCUUGAAGGGCUCGACCUCACCCGAUGCGCUGCUGAUGAAGUCGCCGAAGAAGACGAUACCGCCGUCUUCGAUCAAGAAAACUACUGCAAGCUCGCCGGCCAGGUCCAGACCGCCCUCCGAUCGUACCUCCGAACUUUCGUCUGCGUCGACUCCUACCCCAAGAAGAACUUCGAAAAGGCGUUCUCGAAGCGAACCAACCGAGUCCGAAACAUCGCCGCCCGAGCUGGUGACUGUUAA